AUGAGUAAGGAUCAAAAAGUUAUCACUUUUGCACCUCUUCAGCUUCGGUCAGUUGGAGGAUCAAUGAGGUCCCUUUUGUGGGUUUUACUGGCUCUUGUUGUGCUAUCUGCGCAACAGAUCGAUCCGUCAGGAUAUCUCGUGUUUUGUCCAUGUAUGGGUCGAUUUGGCAAUCAAGUGGACCAACUUCUUGGUGUAAUGCGUUUCACUCGCUUGCUGAAUAGAACCCUGGUGUUACCUAAUUUCAUCGAAUACCCUUACCCGAAUACUGUUAUGACGCCAUUCGAGAACAUCUUCCAAAUAAAUGAGAUCAAAAAAUAUCAAAAAGUGGUUACUAUGGUAGAGUUUACUCGCGAUGUUAUGCCAAGGAUAUGGCCGAAGGAAAAACGAGUUGCUGUCUGUUGGAGUCCUCGCAAGUCGAUUUACGACAGCGAAGCUCCGGCGGGCUGCCACCCUAAGGAAGGAAAUCCGUUUGGUCCAUACUGGGACAAAAUUGGUGUGUCAUUUGUGAAUGACGCGUACUUUGGAGAAAUUCCGGGUGGGUUCGACUUGUCUGUGAACGGAUCGAAAGCAGAAUGGCUCAAAAGAUUUUCUGCUGAAAAGUAUCCUGUCUUGGCUUUCCCUUCUCCGCCAGCGCCCUUCCCGUCCCACUCCAAUACCUGGGAGUUGCAGAGAUAUCUCAAGUGGAAUUCUCGCAUAAUUGGUAAAGCUGUUCAUUUUAUCAAAGAAAAGUUGACUCGUCCAUACAUAGGCAUACAUCUUCGUAACGACAAAGACUGGGGGCGCGUUUGUGAGCAUAUACCGCCAGAAGGACGAUCGCUGUUUGGUUCAGCGCAGUGCGAUACUCAGGAGCAUUAUGAUGGAAUUUUGACGAAGGAGAUUUGUGCACCGUCGGAAACUACGGUGAUUGAACAGCUGGUAGAAACGGUUGGAAAAAUUGGUGCUCGAUCAGUGUUCGUGUCUAGUGAUAGAGAUCACAUGAUUGACGCAAUAAAUGAGGCUCUGCAGGCAUAUGAUGUCCAAGCUCAUCGUCUUAAUCCAGAUGAUCCGUUCGUCUCGCUGGCUGUUCUCGGUAAAGCUGACCACUUCAUCGGGAACUGCGUAUCGACGUUCUCACAUAUCGUAAAGCGUGAGAGAGAUAGCCGAAAGCCGUCGUUGCCUACUACCUAUUUCGGGAUUAGAGAUAAAACUAAGCGAAUAGAGCUAUGAAAGCAUACAUUUAAGGAUCUGUUAUGAAUUGAGAAGGAUUGUUACAGAGGUAGUUCAAGUACUUCAAGUUUGUCAGUACUUUUCCGUUAUCCGGACCCAUUCUUUCAAAGAAGGAUAUUGCUUCUUCCGUAGUACCAUAUUUGGUUCCAACUUCACAAGAAGGAGUGACAACCUACCCCUGCCACGUGUCAAAAAAUUUGACAUGUCAUUUACAUGUUUGACAGCUUUAACCAAGAGUUUAAAUUGCCCUACCCAGCAACGU